AGACCCGCGUCGUCUUCCCUCGCGUGUGCCGGCCGCAGAGGACCGACGGCCCAACUCCGAGUGACGGAGAGAGUGUACCGAGUGUCCGAGUGACCGGACUGAGUGUCAGCGAGUGAAAUCGCCUGCGUGAGGGUAGAGUUUGUGAAAGAACCCACCCGCGCGAGAGAGAGUGGGAGAGUUUCUCUCACGCGCGAGGCGCGAGGCGCGUUUCGGCGCGAUGGAGCGUCUGACACCGCCUCGCGGCGGGACGUGUUCGAAGCAGAGGCUGCUUCCCUUCUUACUCCUCCUCGCAGUGACUGUGAGACUGUCCUCCACAUGUGACGUUCGUAACGACUUACGCGGGGCGGGACGUAAAACCCAGCAUGCACCUGUCGUAUUCGCCGGAACAGUCCGCUCGCGAGGAGCCGAGCGACACGGCUUCUACCAGGUGACCGUCGACGUGGAACGCGUGGUCAAAGGAGGCGCCGUGGGCGACGGACCCCUUCGGCUACGUUUCCGUCGACCACAGGGAGAUGCCACCAGCCGGCGUACAGCCUGCGUCGCCGAGGCGCUCGUCCAGACUGGCGAGCGGUAUAUUGUGUUCGUGAAAGCUGUGGGAGGGCCGAGAAACUUCACGGCUGUGGCGCCACCCGAGAAACACAACCGCAGGAAUAUGCGCCGAGUGACGAGAGUUAUGCGCAGGAGACGAGGUCGCUCGCCUCCUCGUAUCGCCAAGAUGAAGAGUGUUCGACUACCAGCCGGCCGUCGCCUGAGGCUACAGUGUCGAGUACGGGGUGUUCCAUUACCAAGGGUAUCCUGGUAUCACAACGGAAGGCCCGUGAACGCCAGUAGAAGGAUACGGUUCAGGACUAAGAAGAAGAAGAGGCGGAUCCAGUCGUUGCUGAUCAUUCGACGCGUCCUUCCGGGCGACGCCGGAUCGUACCAGUGCAGAGCGAAAAACCGGGCCGGCGAGAGCUCAAAAAGAGCCCGGGUGGCCGUAUUCCAGAGGCGGGUACGGCCACCUCCGACCCCUAAACCGACCGGACCCGACAAACCCAAGCCACCGGACUCGUGGCGAGCAGCUGAAGCGUGCGACAUACCGUCGUACUGCCUCAAUGGCGGCUCCUGUACGCUCUAUAGGAGUGUCAUGGAGUACGUUUGCCAAUGCGCAGAGGGCUUCAAAGGCAAACGAUGUGAAAGAAAAACUGUGUACGCGAUUAAACAGCGUCCGGACGAGCCGCUGCUGAAGGCGGGCCAGUUUCAGCCACUGGUGCUGGUUCUGGGCGGGCUAUCCGUGCUGCUGCUGCUGCUUCUACUGAUUGCUGUACUCUGGCGACGCCGCAGCAGACCGCGGGGUCGAGCCCAAUGCAGAAACGGUGCGGUCGCCAUGGCAACGGGAAACGGUACGGUCGCCAUGGCAACAGACGAAGCCUCGAAGCCGGCGGAGGCGGCACCGACGUCGAUGAGACGGCCACCUCAGCUGCCGGCGGGCCGAAGCGAACAGGUCCCGGCUGCCACUCCGGUCAGUCGUCCCAGCGACCUCUCGCCGCCUCCGUCGCCGCCGUCGGAAACGACGAAACUGUCCUCGUCGUCUUCGACGGACUUACGUCGGGCGCCCCCCGCCGGCUCCGACGUCGCCCGCGACGGGGCUGUGUCGCUACCAACGCAAAAGAGUGUGAAGGAACUGGAUGUCCUUCUGCAAACUCUAGACCUGGUGACCGGCCCUGAUGAGUCAAUACCAAAGAGGCUUGCUUAGUCAUUAGGCCAUGCGUGAGACGAGGUGGUAGUGGUGGUUGAAGCACGUUCGCAGGACCAAGGAUAUUUCUAUUUUGAAUUCCAUGACUAAGUGAGUGGGAAGUUCGACGCACGGUGAUGCGUACCGCAAGUGAUAUUUAUUAGUUGAAAGUGAGAGGUGUGAAGUGAAGGGAAGGAAGUUUGCGGAAGAUUGUGUGAGAUGAGUAUUUUUAGUGAGUGGUGAAAUGCUAGAGUUGUGGGUGGUAUGGCCGGGUGGGCCAAACCAUUGACGGUGUCUUGCAGGGAUGUGAUGUUGGCCUCAUGUUUUUUGGUGUCUGAAAUAUCUUUUCGCUGGAAGAUAUUUUCCUAUAUUUGUACAAAGUUCAUUUGAAUGCGGCGUGGCUCCUAGACGGCCUGGCGCGGAUGUAACGCGCUAGUAGCGCCUCUGGCGGCGAGAACGCCAACUACUGGUUGCGUUGUUCGCCGCGAUGUGGAUCUAGUCACCAAUGUCCUCGAUAAUUGAUAUAUCUGUGCCAGGGCCGAGAAUCUGGCAACUCUCGCAUCUGGCAUCGCCGCGGCCGGUCGCUGCGAGCACUGUUCACUUCGGGUUCGAUGAAUCGAACGCGUGUGCCAGCCAGAGGCUGAGAAAGUUUCCUAUGUCACGUGACCAUGUCGGUUUUGUUUUCUUCUUCUGCCAGUCGCGGGCCUCAGCUACCGUUCGGUACUAAAACUAUAAUAUUUUGUUGCUCAAUGUGUUGUGCCGUAUGGUCGGUGAUGUUAUGACGUCACCGACAGAGCGCCUGUAUAUAUUCGCAUGCCUGUAUGUCUGUCUUUGAGCAGGUCUUUGAAUCAGACCGAUUAAUAAUGUACUGAUGCAGCUAAUACUAUAUUGUUGUUGUGAA